UCGUGGCCCUUGUGUGGGAGAGGAUCCGCAAGUUGAUGACUCUCUUAUGGACUUUGAAAGAUAUCUUAGUCAGAAAAAAAGGGGUGGGAAUAUUAAAUUGGAGUUGGACCAUUACCUUGAGGAUGAUUUAAUGCCAAGAACUAUGGAUUUUGAUAUUUUGGCAUGGUGGAAAUCUAAUGGGCCAAAGUAUCCUACUUUGCAACGUAUUGCAAGGGAUAUCCUUGCCAUUCCAGUGUCAACUGUUGCCUCAGAGUCAUCAUUUAGCACAAGUGGUCGAUUGUUAAGUCCACAUCGCAGUAAACUUCAUCAAAAGACUGUGGAGGCAUUAAUGUGUGCUCAAAAUUGGUUAUGGGCUGAAAUUAAUGGUUCUUCAUCUACCAUAGAUGGAAUUGAAGAUAAAUUCCAAAAUAUCCUGGAUGAUUAUGAUGAUGAAGAAGAAAGUGGUGUCACAAUGAUGGAAGAAAGUGGAGAUUCUUUUUGAAGAACUAGGCAAUUUUUAUUUUGUUAUGUAUUAGGAGUUUGGA